GUAUUGAAAAACACUAUUCCACGGUUUCAUUAUAAAACUGGAGAGUGUCAGCGUUCUAUUCUGCAAGGAAGACCCUGCAAGAGUCAGUAAGGGUGGAUUACAGGGCUCAGACACAUCAAUUUAAUCAACCUGAAUUGCAGGACAUUGUAUAAGAUUUGUACCCAAGAUGAGGUCACAAAUCCUUCCUUAUGUGUUGCUGUCAAUUUUACUCAGGAUUUGGAUAGUUCAUGGAUCUUUUGAUAUUAAAGAUGUUAAAGUGUUAAAGUGCAGAAUCGCAGGUGUGGGUUUAGUACAAAACUCCACUUACAUGUUUAACUUUACAACAGCAGAAAUCGUUUGCCAACAGUUGGGCUUAGAGCUAGCUACCAAAGCACAGGUUGAGAAGGCUAAUAGUCAUGGAUUUGAGACAUGCAGCUAUGGUUGGGUAGCAGAACAGACAGUUGUUAUUUCACGGAUUCAUCAGAACGAAAAAUGUGGCCAGAACAAAACUGGUGUCCCUACUUGGAGCAAUACUCCUAACAAGCCUUUUCACGCUUAUUGUUUCAAUUCAUCAGACACUUGGAUUAACUCAUGCGUACCUGAGAUAAAGACGACUGUUCCUCCCAUUAAAGAGGAGCAAACAUUUUCCUCUGCGCCAUCCUUAUCCUCUGUAUCAAUACAAUCCUACAACAAGACACAACAAACAGAAUCACAAACCUCAUCUGCAGCGCUGCGGGCUUCACAGACAACGUCUAAAAAUAAGGAAUCUGCAACGUUUCUCUCCCGACUGAUAACAAUAACUACUUUGAGCACGGAAAUGACCACAGUUGUAUUUACAAAUGAACCCCCAGAAAUAACAGGAAACCAAGCAAAACUAAAGAAUAAUCCAGUUACAUUUGGAGGUUUGCCAGCGGCCCUGCUGGCAUUAGCGCUGAUAUUUUUUGUAGCUUCUGUCGUCCUGGCAAUUUGCUACGUAAAAAAGUACAAAAAAAAUCUGAUAAUCACAACAAAGAAACAGCAAAAAGAAGCUGUAGAAACUAAACUAUUUAAAGAUGUCACCACAGAAACAGAACAAAAAAUAAAUGGAAUAGACACUGUGAAUUCAAAAGAAAGUUCUGUUUCUACAGGAAAUUGCAUGGAAGCAGAAGUUUAAGGACCCCCCAUGUCAAGUUCAACACAGGAUUCAGAAAUAAGACAGUUCAUUGAAAUGGAUGCAUGACUUGGUGUCCUGACUACUGAGGGCAGGUGACGUUUAUUUGCAAUUCGCCUGUCAAUACAUUUUAAUGCCAGAGGAUUCAUAUAAUCGGAUACCAGCUAUUGUCAUUUAGAGCGUGGAAAAUACCAGCGGAACUAUACAGAGCUCUGCCACGCUGAAUUAGCCUUUUAGUGUCCUCAUUUUUUUCCAUAUUGUGUAAGUUGCAAUAUUUUCAAAUUGGACAUUCUAUGUUUGCUGUUCAUGAUAUAUAUAUUUUUUUGUACGAUAACAAAAAUGCCUUCGCUAAUAGUGUUAGAAACAUAUAUGAGCCAUAUAAUAAAAUGUCUCAGAUCAUGCAAAACGAGGGAUGUAUAUUAAGGGGACAAUAAAGUCAUAAUUAGACAUUCAUGAUUUAGACAUAGGGCUCGAAUUAUCAUUGUGCACACGCUGUUGGCAUUUAUCAUUGCACAAGCAUUUCUAGUCAAUUGGUCGCUAGCAGGGGGUGUCAAUCAACCCGAUUGUAUCAGAUCCGGCUGAUUGCUGUCUGCCCCCUCAGAGGUGGCGGACGAGUUAAGGAGCAGCAGUCUUAAAGGGACAGUAUACACCAAUUUUCAUAUAACUGCAUGUAAUAGACACUUCUAUAAAGAAUAAGAUGCACAGAUACUGAUAUAAAAAUCCAGUAUAAAACCAUUUAAAAACUUACUUAGAAGCUCCCAGUUUAGCUCUGUUGAAAAGGUAGCUGGAACACCCACUGCAAGUGGUAAAUAACAGACCCUCCCCCCCUCUGCAUAUGGAAAGACCCUUUACACACACAGAAGCCAGCUGGAGUAGGUAUCUGUCGGUAUUCUCCUAAAACUUUGGGGCUUGGUUAGGAGUUUGAAAAUCAGAGCAAUGUUAUUUAAAAAUAAGCAAAGCUAUAAAAAAAUUUUUUAAACAACCUUUAUGGGUUAUAUUAAUGGAUUAUCUACAAAACAUUUAUGCAAAGAAAAAUCUAGUGUAUAAUGUCCCCUUAAGACCGCUGCUUCUUAUCUUAUGUUUUAGCGGAAACUGAGACUACAGGGGUAGAUUGCAUCAUCCGCUGCUUGUUUAAUCUACCCCAGAGUAUACAAUUUUAAACAACUUUCCAAUUGACUUAUAUUAUUUAUUUUGCUUCCUUCUAUUGUUAUCCUUUGUUGAAGGGUUUAUCUAGGUAAGCUCAGGAACAGCAAAGCACCUAGGUUCUUUUUUUUUUUUUUUUUUUUAUAAUUAUUUAUUAACCAAUUCAACAUUCCAUUCCAUUGACAAAAAAAAAACAAUAAUGCAAUACAAAAAAAAAAAAAACAUCUGAAGUCCCUAAUACAAACGAUAGACUUAUUCUUAGUGUCACAACACAUUUUUUGUCAUCACAUUAUUAUACAUAAAUUUAAAUAAAACACACUGCACCGGGCAUUUGUAGAUAUGAAUCUAAUUACAUUAACGAGAGAAAGAAGAUACUUCUAUGAAAUCAAUAAUUGUUACUAAAACCCUAUUUGCAUGUUGAAAUUGGAAAUUUUCUAUAUAUCAUAAAAAGAAAAACAAUAAAACAAAACAAUACAAAAAAAAAAAAGGGAAUAAUUCUCUCCCACCCCCUCCGUCCCCCAUCCCCACACCGACCCCCAGUGGCUAACUACGCAGGAUAUUCAUUAUUCGCUAUAGCUUGUUCCAUAUAUAUUGUAAAAGGUGCAAUUAUCUGUUUCUGCAUAUUUUCUGGUAUACUAAUAAUUACACUUUUCCAUUUGCAAAAAAAUUUUUUGACUUGAGCUUCUGAGUUUACUGAUGUAUCAAUUUGUUCCAAAAUAAUUUGAUUUUGAAGCUUUUGCUUAAAUUCUUUCAAGCUUGGGGCUUUUUUAGAUUUCCAAUAUUUCAGGAUUAAAAGCCUUCCUGUAAUAAUUAUAGUAUUCAAUUGACAAAUGUUUUUAAGAACUGUCUCUUCUUGAUUAAUGAAAAAGAAAACAUUCUUAUCCCUUAUUUGAAAAUUACAUUGAUUAAUUUUACUAACCUAGGUUCUAGUUGCUGAUUGGUGGCUGCAUAUAUACGUCUAUGGUCAUUGGCUCACUCAUGUAUUCAGUUAGAAACCAGUAGGGCAUUGCUGCUCCUUCAGCAAAUGAUACCAAGAGAAUGAAGCAAAUUUGAUAACAGAAAUAAACUGGAAAGUUGUUUAAAAUGUUAUGUUCUACCUAAAUCAUGAAAGAAGAAUUUUGGAUUUCAUGUCCCUUUAACUGUAAAUUCCCAUAUACAGCAAUAGUUGCAUGUUAUUUUGCGUUUAUGUUACUGUAUGUUGCCUUCAUUUUUUAAUUUUUUGUUGUCUUUCGAGAACAUUUGAUUUAUGUCCAAAUUAAUCAUCUCACCUAUUGGGGCAAUUACUGUCUAUUAUGAUUCAAUUGUGUUACCUUGGCAGUGCCAGGGAUUGUAUUUAUAACGGCCUCCUUUUGCUAUGUGAAAGUGUUGUAUUCAGAGUUGGCAUUUUAAGCCAUUAGAAUCCUGGCAGUUUAAAUUAAUUAUGGUGUGCAAAUUACAAAUCCAGCAUAACAGGACAAUCUGGUUCAUUCUUAUAAAAAUAAAAUUAAAAAAAUUUGCUAUUUUUUUCAAA